AAAAAUCGGUUUACCUGUCCUGUCGGCAUACGACAUUAGGGUUUUGGUAUUUUUCUGGUUCGAGCUUCUUCUCUGUAAACGCGCCGCUCCUCACUUGUUCAGAUCCAAUGGCACCGAAGAAGGACAAAGCUCCGCCGCCGUCAUCUAAGCCCGCCAAAUCCGGCGGAGGCAAGCAGAAGAAGAAGAAGUGGAGCAAGGGAAAGCAGAAGGAGAAGGUGAACAACAUGGUUCUGUUCGACCAGGCAACUUACGACAAGCUUUUGUCUGAGGCUCCCAAAUUCAAACUGAUCACUCCUUCUAUUCUCUCUGAUCGUUUGAGGAUCAAUGGAUCGCUCGCAAGGAAAGCGAUAAGAGAACUGAUGGCUCGGGGGUCGAUCAGGAUGGUCUCUGCUCAUUCAAGCCAGCAGAUCUACACCAGGGCAACUCACAACUAAGUCUCUUGUUCCUCUGUUUCUGUCUUGAAAGAAUGUUUGUCUCUGAAUUCUUGCCUCGUGCUUUUUAGAUGCUUGGUCCCCUUUUUUUAGGCUUUAAACCUAAGACUUGAUAUUUUUGAUCCAUCCUUGUUCACUCUCUUUUUUUUUUCUCAACAGAGAUUACAUGUCUCCCA